UGUCAGUUAUGGCGGACUUUCAGAAAGACGUUUCCGCAUCCUGUUGGCGUACGCCGUUACCAGCUUAAAAGGAUAAGCUGGCCUCGUCACCACGCUCCAUGGUGGCUCUGAAGUCAUCUGUUAACCGAUGGAUUUGGUCGUCGAAAGCGUCGUUCAUGGGCGCUUACCCGUCAGGCCAUCAAGGUUUCCUCUUCUGCCCGGCUCGUUGCCCUCCACUACCGUGGCACUGAGUGCUGCCUUUUCCGGACGUCCAUGCCCACCCAUUGUUCGUCGGAAUGCCCCAGCGGUGGUGCCAUUUGCCAAGAAGAAGAGGAAUGAAUAUAUCGAAGAUCCGCCAGAUGAGGAGGUCGCAGAUGAUUUCACCGACGAGAUGGAGGAGGACUUCGACGACGCCAAAGAAGACGAAGGCGAUGUAAUGGAUGAUGACGAAGAGUAUGAGGACGACUAUGACUUUGAAGAUGAUUUUGAGAGUGAUGAUGAACAGGAUCUUUAUGCUGGAGAUGGAGGUGCUGGUGGCGGUAUAUCCCUUGCUGGUGCAUGGUGGGACAAGGAAGCGUUAGCUUUGGCAGAACAGGUCUCAGCAUCAUUCAACGACGACUUGAAAAUAUAUGCUUUCAAGACAGCUGCAAAUUUGACUAUUAGAGUACGCAUUGAGAAGAUGUCCACCAGGUAUGGUUCUCCAACGAUAGAUGACAUUGAAGCAUACACAAUUGCAUAUCGUGCAAAGUUGGACGAAGCAGAGUCAGCAGGAAAGAUACCGAAAAACAUAUCGUUGGAGGUGUCAUCCCCUGGUGUGGAGAGAGUUAUCCGUAUCCCUGAAGAGCUCGAACGAUUCAAAGAAAGGGCAAUGUAUGUCAGAUACACUACAGCAAGCGAUGAGGCAACCACACCUCAGGAAGGUGACGGCGUGCUAACGCUAAUUUCCUAUGACAUGGACCUGCGAGAGUGCACCUGGGGCAUAGCUGAUGUGAAGAUAAACCGGCAGCAGUCUGGCAAGGGCAGGCCCCUGAGCAAGAAGCAGAGGGAAUGGAGGCUGCAGACACCGUUCGAGUCGCUGAAGUUGGUCAGGUUGUACUCUGAAUGUUGAGAUGCCAGUUUUUGAGUAAAUUUUGAGUUUCCAUUUGUUGCACUCCUUCGGCAGUUUAUCCAGUCUCGCUGAACUCUGAUAUGCCACUGGAUGCGCAGCUCAUACUAGGUAGAAUGAUGUUGUACUAAUGUACUAUCUGUCACAAUCAAUUAGUUUUUUUUCAUUGCUAACAGAUAACAACAGAGGUUUAGCCACGCAAAGCAGAAUGUUCUUUGCUUCACCUUUACAGUUUACAGGCACUUGAUUUAUUGUUUGUAUUCUCCUAGAUGUUUGUAUAAUCUGUUAGUGCAUUGUAUAUUUUUUUAGAGUUUUAUUAGGGCCAGGCCCCAGUUGUAUCAUUAAGAAGACCUUGUUGCUUGCUCUAUACGGGCCUGUUUGUUA